AUUCUGCUCCACCAGAUUAUCUUUUACGAGGACAAGAACUUUGGAGGCCGUCACUAUGAGUGCAUGGGCGACUGUGCCGACCUCCACUCCAUGUUUGAUCGCUGCCGCUCCAUCCGGGUGGACAGCGGCAUGUUCAUGAUCUACGACCGCCCCAGCUUUAUGGGAAACCAGUACUUCAUGAGGAGGGGAGAGUAUUCUGACUACAUGGGCAUGACAGGCCUGAAUGACUGUGUCAGGUCCUGCCGCAUGAUCCCCAUGCACAGUGGCAGCUUCCGGAUGAGGCUGUACGAACACUUCGACAUGGGAGGUGAGAUGAUGGAGCUGACGGGCGACUGCCCCAACCUCAUGGACCGUUUCCGCAUGUCCAAUAUCAACUCCUGCAACGUGAUGGACGGCCACUGGCUCAUGUACGAGCAGCCCAACUACAGGGGACGCCACUACUACCUGAGGCCUGGCCAGUACAAGACCUUCAGCGACUGGAGGGGGAACAACUCCAGGAUCGGCUCCAUCAGGCGACUCAUGGAUCUCUAA